UCCGUGAAAACACAGAAAAAUAAAUCCCAGCUGUUUUUCCACAAUGUUGCUCCUUCAAAGGAUACAACUUUGGCACAGGUUUUGACUAAUGUAAUGGAAAGCGAAAAACAAAGUACUGAGAGCGAGAGACAGCCUCUACACUGGAGAAGUUGCAAGCUGGUUAUAGAUCCUGCGCUGACGAACGGGCUGUACAAAGUGUACCGUUAUGAUGGACAAUACUUUAACCUGCCGGUUGAGGACUUAGGUCUACUUCCUGUGAUCACAGUCAGAGAUCCGCGCAUCUGCCGCCUGUGGAGCAGGUGUCUCAAGACAGACUUCGUGGUUCCCAAAUUUAAGAUUGAUGAGUGGUACGUGGCUCCCGUUCCUCCCAAAGAAGUGACAUUUUCUAAGCUCAACGACAACGUGAAUGAGACUUUCUUGACUGAUAUGUGCAAAAAAUAUGGGAACAUGGAAGAAGUGGAGAUAUUUUACAAUCCCAAAAACAAGAAGCAUUUAGGGAUCGCAAAGGUCACGUUUGAUACAGUAAAGGCUGCAAGAGACGCUGUCCAGCACCUGCAUGAGACAUCAGUGAUGGGAAAUAUUAUUCAUGUGGAACUUGAUCCGAAGGGGGAAAAUAGAGCUCGAUAUCUCCAGCUCUUGUUAAGUGGGCUGUAUACGCCUUGGACGUUGCCGGUGGGCAGCAGCGAACGGGCUCUUCAGGACUUAGUCGACAGUUUGCUGGGAAGUUCGGCCACACAGCAGCUGGGAAGUAUCUGCAGCCCCACCAGCAUUGCUACGCCCCUCUCUCUGGACACAGCCUACUCCAGUAUUUGUCAGGACACACCUUGCAGCUUUGGGCUUACACCACGUUCUCAGGGAACCCCCCGGACUCCCUGCUUGCCUGCGACUCCUCUCUCCUCCCAUGACUCUUGCUACUCCAGUCUUCAGGCGACUCCUGUCCUCCAAGGGGAACCCUCCGCCUAUAGUGUUCACAAACCUUUAAGGCAAGAGCUCUGCCGUCGUAGACGACAGCACAGGGGACUUAGCCACGUCUCGAAUGUUAGCAUCAUUCUGAAGCAGUUCAAGCCACAGCCACCACAUCCCCUUUUAACCAAAACACAAACUAGCAGCCAGCAGCUUGCACUGUGGAGUCCCGGUGCACAAACCUCUAACAAUAAUGACGAGGCUCCCUUUAGUCUCACCUCCCCUUUUCAGGAGACUGAAGAUGUGGUUGACACAAGUUAUGCAUCUUCACCUCUGAACGGCAACUCUCGCGACAUACGGAGUGUUGAUCUCUCAGCUGACCUGCAAACUAGAACAGCUUCUCCAUUUGAUAACCACCAGCCAGAGGCAGCUGUUUCAAGUCUAGACUCCCGAAUUGAAAGUUUGCUGAUAAACAGCCAGAUCACUGACCCCUUAUGCUUUGAUGGAAAGACUUUGGAGACCGAUCCAUCCUCUCAAGAGAGCCCGGCUUCACCUGGCUCACCUCUUAAGGUCUCUUCCUCAGAUGACUCACAGUUUUGUACCCCACCGUCUUGUGAAUCCCCCACAAGCGGCCACCAGUACUCCCACAAUGAUGCUGUGGAUGAAAAUGAAGAGGACGAAACUACUCGAGCUGUUUCGUUUCUUACAAGAGGCUCCCAGUCUCCCUGUCUGUCUGAUGUUGCUUAUUCAGAAAGCAUAACACACAUAAACAAUGAAGAAGAUGCAGAGAGGGUCCAGCCAUCAUCAGGCCCAAAGGAACACUGUCCAACACAUCAGGAGAAGAAGUCCUCAAAUAACAGACAGUUUGAAGCUGUGACACCAGCAGAAGCACUCUCUCUGCUCGAUCCUCCAUCCGGUUGUUCUUCCAGCGCCAUCACUCAGCAACUCACCCCGAAAGCUCUUCCGACUGUUACAGCUGGGUUCUCCCAACCCCCAGCACCCCCUUUCCUUUUCCCCAUUCCUCGAUUUCCCCCGUCUCUUCCACCUGUUCCACCUCGCCUGCCAAAUGGCACCAUCCCGAUCCCUCCUCCAGGAUGGAUGCCACCUCUGGGCCACAAAGCUGCCAUCCCCAUUCCUCCUCCCCCCAUUCCACCUCCUACUCCAAUUCCUCCUCCACCAACUUUCCUGAGACCCCCUCCACCUUUGAUAGCGCCACCCUCUGUUCCACCUCCUAUGCACAUGUUCCCUUUACCCAUACAGCCGGGGUGUCCUUUGGAUAAGGGGAAUCCUCCAAGGCAUGGCGGUGCACCGUUGCCAUUCCCUCCUCCUCCUCCUCCUCCUCUCUGGCCUGCACCUCCUUUUCCAAGGUUUAACCCCUUUGUGCCACCACCACUCUACCCGCCUGUGCAGGUAAAUCCCCACAAGAUCACGACAGAAAAAGUUUUAGAUAUCCUCAUGGAUGAACUGAAGUCAAUCAUAAAGAAGGACAUUACACGUAGAAUGAUUGAAGGGGUCGCUUUCAAGGCAUUUGAAGACUGGUGGGAGCGUCAGGAGAAGAAGGCAAAGAUACAAGAGUCUCCUCUGAAAUGUGGAGCGGCAAGAGUGGAAGAGAGGAACAAAUUCCUAAAUCCCCUCAGUAACAUUGGUGGGAAGAGCAGAAAACCACCACUGCCAUCCUUCAAGGUAAAAAGGAAAAGAUCAGACGAGACAGGAAAUGACUCCGGUUCUGCUCUCGAUCAUUCUGAGGUGAAAAAAGGGGACGACAUAGUGAGAACGACGUCUGAGAGAGCCAAACGCAGACACGCGAGACCACUGGACCUGGACAGUGAUGAUGAUGAUGAUGAUGGUGGUGAUGUCGGGAAAGAAGAUAAGAUACUUCAAGAUAAAGAAGCGAUACCAGACAAAGUGAAGGUUUUUGUGCUGGAUGAGGAUGAGCUGCACAUCCUGUCUGACAGAGAUGCUCAUGGUGAUGAUGAAGAUGAUGAUAAUGUCAGUAAUCAUACUGCGGAAGAAAAUAGUCCGAUGGAGGAUCGAUGUGACGGAGAGCAGUCCUUAGACAGAGAGGUUUUUUCAGAGGAAAGUGAGCACACGUCGGACUCCGACACUUCAGAUUCGCUCUCCUCGGUGGGCUAUGAGGACACGUCCUCUGACCUGACCACUGAAGGUGAAGACAUCGAAGAGGACAGCGAUGACGCCAGGAGUGAAGAGUGUAUAGUCAUAUCAUCAGAUGAGGACUCAGUGGAGCUCGAGCCCCCUCUUACCCCCUCAGCCCCACUGACCCCUGGUGCUCAGCUGGAUCUGGACCAGCAGGGCUGGUCAGAGCUGUUCCCAAGGCAGGAAAUGGAGGAGGACCGGUACACAUCCUGCUACGAAGACAACUGCGACUUCGAUGCCAUGAUGGAGCUCCAUACCAGCGAACCCCAGGACCUGCUGCCCCCAUCACCUCUAGGACUCUCAGCAGUGGAGCCAUGCCUUGAUAUGGAGAUGGAAAGCCCUGAUUGGACAGUGGAGUCUCCAGAGAACAUAAAAAGCCUGAGGCCUCCCACUCCUACUGGCCGUUUGGUGGACAGUGACCCUGACAUCCUUUUAAAAAGCAGACCAUCAUCUCCUGCUGCAGAGGAGGAGGAACGACCGCCAACACCAGGCAAGGGGAUAGUAACAGGACUGGAAAGUGAGAAUUCAGAGGAAGUCCUGUCCCUCUCCCCAGCAAGCGAUGGACUCGCUCAGCCUCCCUCUGAUCUCCUCAUGGCAUCAUACCCAUUAUGCCAGGAGAUGCCUAAGACUCCUGGCAGAGAUGAAAGAGGUGUGUGGACUCAUUGUAGCUCAGGGAGAGCUCCUGCGACACCUGGAAGAGGGACCGCAGAUUUAGAGUUUAGCACAGUGAGCCCGCCCCUCAGCAGCCCACCACUUAUCCUGCUCUUGCCCAGCAGCCCAUACAUCACAGCCCCAAAGACUCCAGGAAGAGACAUUAUCCUGCCCAGAAGAUCAAUAGUCCACAAAAGGAAAUCCCAGGUGGCAGCAACGUCAGUGCCUCUGUCAUGUAAUAACAUUUUCAGAGUUUCCCCCAUCACAGUGUCCUCGCCAUUCAGCGUCUCUGACUCUUCAUGUGACAGUGUUGAUGGAAGGGAUGUCCAGAUCCGUUCAGGUGUGAGAGCAAAGCCUCUACAGGGGUUGGAGAACAUGCCUGAGCUGUUGGACAAAGAGAAAAUCUUACUGAGGCUAAAACGAUGGAGGAGGCUAAAGAAGAGACGGCGAGCCCGUCACUGGGAGAGAUCACUGAAGAGAAUCAGUCCGAUGUCCUCUCACAGUCAUCCUCACAGGUGGCGUUCACCCUACGAAGAGAGGAAAAUCCUUCAUAGCGUUUGGAAGGACGGCCUGGAUGAAGAAGAUGCAAGGUUUCUGCAGUGCACCUAUGAAAGGCUGCAGGUGCAGGAUAAUGGCUGUGGGUGGCUCAGUGACACCCUCUGGAUGCCUCAUCCUCUGACUAAGGUCCAUACAGAGAAGAAUGAGGAGCACAGAUCCUGGCAGCCGCACCACAGAACGGGCUCUGCUCGAAGUGAAGGUUUUUACAAAAUCAGCAGGAAGGAUAAAAUGAGAUAUCUGCACAACACGCGGCUGGCUGCGGAGCUUCCAUCUACAAGCGCUCAGGGAACGUGCAUUCCAGCCCAGCAACCCACUUCACUGCGAGCUGGGUCUGACUUCAGGUGUGAACAGCGCCGGCUGCUGUCCUCUUUCAGCUGUGACAGUGACCUGGUCAAGUUCAACCAACUGAAGUUCCGAAGGAAGAGGAUUCGUUUCAGCAGGAGUUACAUCCACGAGUGGGGCCUGUUUGCCAUGGAGCCUAUUGCUGCAGACGAGAUGGUGAUUGAGUAUGUGGGCCAAAUCAUCCGGCAGGUCAUUGCUGACAUGAGGGAGCAGAGGUACGAGGAGGAGGGCAUUGGAAGCAGCUAUUUGUUUCGGGUGGAUCAGGACACCAUCAUUGAUGCUACCAAAUGUGGGAACUUAGCCAGGUUUAUCAACCACAGCUGCAAUCCUAACUGCUACGCAAAGAUCAUCACAGUGGAGUCUCAGAAGAAGAUAGUCAUAUACUCCCGCCAGCCUAUAAACAUCAAUGAAGAGAUUACUUAUGACUAUAAGUUUCCCAUUGAGGAAACAAAGAUCCCUUGUUUGUGUGGGGCAGACGGCUGCAGAGGCUCCUUGAACUAAUCACCUGUUAAGUG